UGUGCGCUGAACUCUCACGUUGUUUUCUUUAGUUGUCAAUAUGGCUGUUAGCAAAAGGAAAGCAGCGCAUGAUUUUGAAUCUAGACGGCGGACGGGUGAUGUUUUCGCUGCAGAGAGGGUGGAUUUUAGUUCUCUGUUGCUGUCACAACCUGUUUUGGAAGGGUUGAGUACUGCAGGUUUUGAGAGGCCUUCUCCCAUCCAGCUGAAAGCGAUUCCUUUGGGUAGAUGUGGUCUUGAUCUGAUAGUGCAGGCUAAGUCUGGCACAGGUAAAACAUGCGUGUUCGCUACCAUAGCCCUGGAUACAUUGUUGCUAGAAAACCCAGCAACGCAGAUCCUAGUUUUGGCUCCUACAAGAGAAAUUGCUGUGCAGAUUCAUUCUGUUAUAUGUGCAAUUGGAGUCAAAGUGGAUGGUUUAGAAUGCCACGCCUUCAUUGGAGGAAUGCCUUUGAGCCAGGAUAAGGCAAGACUGAAGAAAUGCCACAUUGCAGUUGGAUCCCCAGGUCGAAUAAAGCAGCUUAUAGAAAUGGGCUAUCUAAACACAGCCAGCGUUCGCCUCUUUGUUCUGGAUGAAGCAGACAAGCUUCUAGAGGAAGGUAGUUUUCAGGAGCAAAUAAAUUGGAUUUACUCCUCUCUGCCAGCAAAUAAACAGAUGCUUGCACUUUCAGCAACUUACCCCGAAUCACUUGCCCAACAUUUGACGCAGUAUAUGAGAGACCCUGCUUUUGUAAGAUUGAAUCCAUCUGAUCCAGGUUUAAUUGGACUGAAGCAAUAUUGCAAGUUGGUGAAUUCCUACCCACUGCCUCAUAAAGUCUUUGAGGAGAAGGUGAAACACUUAAUGGAAUUAUUUAGCAAGAUUCCUUUUAAUCAGGCUCUAGUAUUCUCCAAUCUACAUAGCAGGGCUCAGCAUUUGGCUGAUAUCCUGACAUCAAAAGGACUUCCUGCUAUAUGCAUUUCAGGCAACAUGAAUCAGAACCAGAGGCUUGAGGCUAUGACUAAAUUAAAACAGUUUCAUUGCCGCGUCCUUAUUACAACAGAUCUGACAUCCAGAGGUAUCGAUGCUGAACGAGUAAAUCUGGUAGUUAACCUGGAUGUGCCCCAGGACUGGGAAACCUACAUGCACAGGAUUGGCAGAGCAGGACGCUUUGGUACUUAUGGCUUGGCUAUUACUUACUGUUGUCGAGGGCAGGAGGAAAAUGAAAUGAUGACUAUUGCACAGAAAUGCAAUCUGCAGAUAUCAGAUUUGCCAGACCCUAUCCCUCCUGGACUGAUGGAAGAAGUUUCAGAAUGGAAUGUUGAAGUUACAACAGUCAAAAGUGGAAACUCUGUAUCAAAUGUGCCAGAAUCAAAAACUGUGGAAACUGGUGCAUCAGUUUCAGAUAAGGAGUGUGCAGACCAAAGUCAAAACAUUAUCCCUGCUGCCAAAAAUGAAAUGUCCAAGAAGAAUAAUUCCUUAAAACAGAAACAUUUGGAAGAAGCAAAAACAGAACAGUCACAGAAAAAGGUCACCAAUAUGGGACCCAAAGGACUAGGUAGAGGCCUUCAGCAGAAAGUGACCUGUAGUUUGAUUUUACCUAAAAUUCCAAAGCCAGAUGCAACUGAAGACUUAAAAAUCCUGCAAGAUUCAUUGCCCAAAAUCCCAUCACUGCCCUCUUUUAAAAAUAAGAUUCCUUUACAGUGUACACUGAAUUUUGAUGAACUUGUUAAAGAUUAUGACCUUUUCAUUAAAGAAGGAAUUGAAAGCCAUGUAGAAUUCACUAGAGAAUAUACAGAUAUGAAUGGUGGAAAUGGUAUAUUAAACCAAAAUUCAGAGGAACUUGAGAUAUCUAGUUUAUUGGAGUCUGAACAGAACAAAAUUCUGUUAAGUGAUCAACAUAGUGAGUGUGAUAGUGAAAGUGAUAGUUUUAGUUCAAGAAGCUCCUAUAGCAGUAGGGAAAGUAGAAGGUCCUCUGUUGGGUUUACACAUUCCACCAUGGACACUAAAACUGAAAAAGAGCCAGUAAUGGGCACAUCUGCCCUUCCACAAACAAGCCCUUCCCCUCCAGAGUUAAGACCUUCUGUAUCACAAGUGUGCUCUCAUGAUCAGUUGUUUACAGAGGUUGGUUCUGAAACCUAUCCAGAGUUUCCUACCAGCUCUCCUCAGAGGCAGCUAAAUGAAGCCAGUAUAGAAGAUCUGAACCCUGUCAACAGUGGCACAAGCUGUAAGUCAUUAAAACCAAAAAAGAAGAAGCACAAGGGCCAUGUUCAAGAUUGUAGUGACAGUCCAGCACAGCAGGUCAAUACAAGUGCUUUACACCACAAGGCGAAGAACCAUUCAAGUGGUGGGCAUCAGAAUGCCCAGCAUCUAACUGAAAAACAAAAGCAUGAUUACUGGAAGGCCUGUUAUCAUGCUUGGCAAAGUUAUUACACUGCUAUGUCAAAUCCUUUCUUCAGAAGCUCUCAGAGAAAUCCUCACUUGAUGAGAGCUUAUCAAAUGAAUUCUGUGUAUUUAAAUGAACUGCUAAAAAAGUGAUCCUACAACUAUGGCUUUGUUGAAUUACAGAAACCUGGAUUAGAUUAAUUUUAUGAAAGCAGUGAAGCUUAAAUUAGUGCAAACUCUGCAGUUAAAUUUUAUUUCCUGCCUAUUUUAGGCAGCAACAAGCCUUUCCACUGUUGCAUCUUUCUUUUGUGGUUAAUGUUAUUUGCUAUGAUGUUUAAUACCACAUUCCAUGCUUUUUUCUUUUAGUUUAUUAAGCUGUGCUAUCGGUUGCCCCUACUCAAGAGGAACAUUCACUGUAUUUUAUUUUGGCAUUUUUUUGUUUGUGUAAAAGGGAAAGUACUGUGUAGCACAUCCUUAAUAUGUUAGAGCAUAUGGGAUUAAUGAUACUGCUGCCUUUAAAAUCAAAUACAUUUUUGGUUGUAUUGAAAAAAACAUAAUAAAUUUAGAUGGAGUACA